CGCACUAGACACGUGUUUCCUCCUGCUCUCUCAGGUAUUGGAACUGUCCCCGUCGGCCGCGUUGAGACCGGUGUCCUGAAGCCCGGUAUGGUCGUCACCUUUGCUCCCCCUAACCUGACCACUGAGGUGAAGUCUGUGGAGAUGCACCACGAGUCUCUGACUGAGGCUCUUCCCGGCGACAACGUCGGCUUCAACAUCAAGAACGUGUCCGUCAAGGAAAUCCGCCGUGGAAACGUGGCCGGAGACAGCAAGAACGACCCACCCAUGGCGGCUGAAAACUUCACCGCUCAGGUCAUCAUCCUGAACCACCCCGGCCAGAUCUCCCAGGGUUACGCCCCCGUGCUGGACUGCCACACCGCUCACAUUGCCUGCAAGUUCAGCGAGCUCAAGGAGAAGAUCGACCGUCGUUCCGGCAAGAAGCUUGAGGACAACCCCAAGGCUCUGAAGUCUGGAGACGCCGCCAUCAUCACCAUGGUGCCUGGAAAACCCAUGUGUGUUGAGAGCUUCUCCCAGUAUCCCCCACUGGGUCGCUUCGCUGUGCGUGACAUGAGGCAGACCGUGGCCGUCGGUGUCAUCAAAAACGUCGAGAAGAAGGCCGCCUCUGGUGGAAAGGUUACCAAGUCUGCACAGAAGGCCGACAAGAAGAAAUGAAUUCUCAUGCAGGACGUCCAACAAAGAGUCACGUCUCAGCAGCAGCGGUCCGCCCCAUCCCCUCUUCUUCCCUGCCACCCAGCGCCGUCUUCUCUGAGGCAGAGCUCGCUACUCAAGGACUGGCUUAUGCUGAUUAAAACCCAUCGGAAAAGUUUCCGCAGGAAAGGAAGGCAUGUGCCUUUUAGGGUAAACGAUGAUCAUAAUUAAGUUUAAACCAAAACAAUUAAAAUCUUAAACAUUGCCAAAUGAA